AUGGCAUCCCUCAAGUUCAACAACCCGCCCGGUGCCGCACAAAAGCACAGUGAUCUUGGGCAAUACUCCCAGUCCGUCGAUCUUGGCAACGGCAUCAUCAAGUGUUCGGGGCAAGGAGGCUGGGAUCCUGAGUCUGGGGCCCUCGACGCGAACGACAGCAAGAAGCAAGUUGCGCUGGCCAUAGAGAAUGUCGACAUCGUCCUCAAAGCAGCAGGUCUUCGCGGGUGGGAGGAUGUUUACUCGCUUCGUUCGUAUCACUGCGACAUUCGCACGUCAUGGGAGCAGACGGCUGAGGCCCUUAAGAAGCGCAUUCCCAACCACCGACCGAUUUGGACAGCGGUUGCUGUUCCGCAUCUCGCUUUCCCGGCAAUGCUGAUCGAACUGGAGGUCGAGGCUAGGCGCCAGGAGUAG